UCAUCUGUGUUCCGUAUCUCUUGGUUUCACUGUGGACUUGCAAGGAUUGCCCAGUGAAGGCAUUCAUAUUCAAUCAAGUGUGACACACAUGUGAAAGCUGCGUCUCGAUGUUUGAUUUUUGUUUUAUCACUGAAGGCAUUCACCAGGAGUUUUUAUACAGUUCGUGAUUUUGGUGCUUGAUCGUUCGGCGAUGGUUCGGCGAUUAAUUUUGGACUGUUAUCCAUCUUUGUUGGAAGAGGCGACGGCGUGUAACGUGUAACUGUAGGUUAGUACAUUGAAGCAGCACGUCUUUGGGAGAUUUGUUGUUGCAGAAUGCUGGGAUCGCUGGACGUGGCCACUUUAUAGACGUUACAGAGUUAACUACCGACUUGAAGCUGGCUAAGAAGUUGGUUCGAUGGUGUGGGUUUAGAGCUUAGGGUUUUGGGUUUUGAUUUUUAGGUUUUAGGGUGGACUUUCUUCAUUGCGUCUACCAUUGUCAUGAUGGUGCGCCUCACAGCUGCGUUAAUUUCUGCCCUCAAUGACGGUCGCGACUUAGCCACCAUCGAGACGCUUACUGUUCCGAAUCGCUAUUUUCAUGAGAUAUCAGGUAUUGAUGCUUGCGAGAAGUUAUCGCGGUUGGAUAUCUCGGGAAACAGCAUCACCAAUCUUGAGAGUAUAUCCAUGUGCACCAAUUUGAAAUGGUUGUCAGUUGCAGGCAAUGGACUGACUAGUCUGAAGGGGGUCGAGACCCUCUCUAAACUUACAGUGCUAAAUGCCAGCCGCAAUGCUCUUACUUCUGUCUCUGAGAUUUUGAACCUCGUAGAAUUGCGGGCACUUAUUCUGAAUAACAACGAGAUUACACGUGUCACUCGUUUCGAUAACCUUGUCAAGUUGAAUACCAUAGUGUUGUCACAUAACCCGAUCCGAGAAUUGGGGAAAUCCUUGAACAAGCAAUUAGAGUUGACGAAGCUUUCGGUAUCGCAUUGUAAAAUUCAGGUGCUAGGAGCAUCGUUGAAGCGAUGUGUUGCACUGGAAGAACUGCGGCUUGCUCAUAAUCAACUAUCGGAUCUGCCCAAGGAGAUAGAAAGGAACGGUAGGCUUCGUAUACUCGACCUUGGCAACAACAACUUGCAAAAUUGGCAAAGCCUUCAGGUACUCAAAUCUUUGCAUAGUCUAUCCAACUUAAAUCUACGUGGAAGCCCUAUCUGCUCUGUACCGGAUUAUGAGCAAGAGUUGAAAAAUCUUGUUCCAACUCUGCAAAUUUUAGAUGGACACCCUCUUGUCCCUGGAAAAGUGAGACGGAAAUACGGAGAAGAGAAGACCUCAAAGGCAAGCGAUGAACCUGUUGCAAAAGCCAAUUUAACGACGAUUACAAAUCAAACCAAAGCAAAGAAGAUGAAACCCACUGAAGUCAAACCUAAAGAGCAAGAGUCACGAGCACAAAAAGAGAUGCAAGAUGAAGAUUCACCAGGCAAAUCAUUUGUAGAGUUGAUCCAGACAUAUCCCAUAGAGACGAAAAAAGCAUCAGAUACUCAUCAAGACUCCGGUGUGAUUGCCGUCAUAGAGGCCAAGAAAGCGCCGGUGGGUGUGUGGAAGAGGAAACGGGGAAUUGAGGCUUUGACUCUGUUGAAGGAGCCCGAGAUUGGAACAGGAGGUCCCUCAAGCUGGGACACGCCUAAUGUAACAGUCGAAGCUCCAGUAGUCAAGCAGCUAUCCGCAUCUUAUUCCAGAUGGGCAUUGAAAAAGAAAUAGGUUAUCUCUUGUCACACGAGCACUAAACAUAUUAACGAGGAUUUCCUGGUGGAAUCGGAUUUUUUCAUUCGCAUCCUUGAUAUAACUUUGCAUUACCAUGUGGUGUUUCGUAGCUCAGCUUCUAGUAUUAGGCAUUUUUAAGCUUGUGUUCGAGUAUACGUCCAGGUAAUUCUUUAGCCCUCAUGCAAGUUUAGGUAUUUGAUCAUAUAUGCGUUUUUCUUUUUCCUGGUAAUGUACAACAGGUUCUUUACAGCUUUCAAGUAGACUGGACCUGGGUUGUGUACUAUUUUUUCA